UCCACCAUGCUCUUUGCUCUUCUUCUCCAUUCACGCCGUUGUGGCUUUCCCCUCUAUCCUUUCCUCCACCCGUAACUUCUUUGUACGAAAUCGUCGACGAUUGCCGCCAUCGCCUUCUUUUUCCUUUCCUCCUUCUGGUUUUUUCUUCUCUUCUGAGUUCUUCCACCGCCGUGUUUCUCUUUUCGAAUGUUGUGUUCCCCGGAUGAUGAAGACUUGUAAAGGUGGAGGCAUUUUGUCAUGAAUUUGGUUAGAGUUUCAUUCUGUAAGCAGCGCUGCUUCUCUUCCUCUUCAUCUCCACUUCCAUGGAUCUCCCCCCUACAACUCCUAAAACCCAACUUCCAAAAACCAGAUCCUCCUCCACAACCCUCACUUGCCUCUACUGAGUCUCAAAGGAAACCCAAAUUUAUCUCUCACGAGACUGCCAUCAACUUGAUCAAGCGUGAGAAAGAUCCACAACGGGCCUUACAAAUAUUUAACAAGGUGUCGCGGCAGAAAGGCUUUACUCAUAACAGUGCCACCUAUGGAACCAUCCUUCACAAGCUUGCUCAAUCGAAGAAGUUUCAGGCCGUUGACUCAUUACUUCGUCAAAUGAGCUAUGAAACUUGUAGAUUUCAUGAAGGUAUAUUCCUCAAUCUCAUGAAGCAUUUUUCCAGGUUUUCUUUACAUGAUAAGGUACUUGAGAUGUUCAAUGCAAUUCAGCCCAUUGUUCGUGAAAAACCUUCACUGAAAGCUAUUAGUACCUGUCUUAAUCUCCUGAUUGAAUCGAACCAGGUUGAUUUGGCUCGAGAUUUUCUGUUGAACUCCAAGAAAUCUCUCAGGUUGAGACCCAAUACCUGCAUUUUUAACAUCUUGGUUAAACAUCAUUGUAAUAAUGGAGACCUUGAAUCUGCGUCUGAAGUUGUAAAGGAGAUGAAAAAAUCUAAGGUUUCUUAUCCCAGUCUGAUUACUUACUCAACCUUGAUAGGCGGUCUCUGUGAAAGUAGACGACUUAAGGAAGCCAUCGAAUUGUUUGAGGAAAUGGUUGGUAAGGAUCAGAUAUUGCCUGAUGCUUUAACCUAUAAUUUGUUAAUUAAUGGCUUCUGUCGUGAAGGAAAAGUCGAUCGGGCGAGAAAGAUAAUAGAGUUUAUGAAAAACAAUGGAUGCAGCCCUAAUUUAUUCAAUUACUCUGCUUUGAUGAAUGGCUUAUGCAAGGAGGGAAGUUGGGAAGAAGCCAAACAACUUUUUGUUGAGAUGAAGAGCACAGGUCUGAAACCUGAUACAAUUGUUUAUACUACAUUGAUGAAUUGCCUUUGUAGGGCUAGUAGAAUCGAUGAGGCGAUGUCAUUGCUUAAGGAAAUGAAGGAAAACAAAUGUGAAGCCGAUGUUGUUACUUUAAAUGUAUUACUUGGUGGGUUAUGCCGAGAAAGUAGGUUCCAUGAGGUGCUUCAGAUGCUCGAGAAGCUGCCAUACGAAGGUGUUUACUUGAACAAAGCAAGUUACAGAAUUGUAUUGAAUGCAUUAUGCCAGAAAGAUGAAAUGGAAAAGGCAGCUAAGCUGUUGGGUCUGAUGUUGGAUAGGGGGUUUUUCCCACAUUAUGCAACGUCGAAUGAGGUGUUGAUUCAGCUUUGUAAAGCCGGAAUGGUAGAUGAUGCAGUUACAGCAUUGUUUGGAUUGGCUGAAACGGGGUUUAAACCAGAACCACAUUGUUGGGAGUUUCUGAUUGAAAUGAACUGCAGAGAUAGGAAAUUGCUGCCUGUUUUUGAACUACUUGAUGAGUUAGUAAUAAAAGAAUGUACUCAUAAUCUUCAUGUUGGUGCUACUUUUGCUUAGCGUCAUGUGCUUGUAAAACUAUCAUUGUUGAGCAUUUGAUUUAGUGAUACGUCCAUGUUUUUUCUCGGUGAUACUUAACUAUUACCGAUUUA